GGUGCUGGGAGAUCGACCCUGUCUUGCCGGACGAUCGCCCCCUUUCCAGCCAGCCAACACAGCCGUCUGCGCCCGCCAUGAGUCUCCUCUACAGCAACACCAAGCAGAAGCGGCGCCAGGCUCGGCCCGAGCUCACCGAUGAGCAAAAGCUGGAGAUCAAGGAGGCCUUUGAGCUGUUCGACACGGACAAGGACAACGCCCUGGACUAUCAUGAGCUCAAGGUCGCCAUGCGCGCCCUCGGCUUUGACGUCAAGAAGGCCGACGUGCUGAAAAUCAUUCGAGAGCACGACAAGAGCGGGCAGGGACUAGUCGAGUUUGAGGAUUUCAACAAAGUCAUGACCGAACGCAUUCUCGAUCGCGAUCCGAUCGAGGAGAUCCGCAAGGCAUUCCAGCUCUUUGAUGACGACAACACGGGCAAAAUCACUCUCCGGAAUCUGCGCCGGGUCGCCAAGGAGAUCGGUGAAAACAUGGAUGACGAAGAGCUCCAGGCAAUGAUCGACGAGUUUGAUCUGGAUCAGGAUGGGGAAAUCAACGAGCAAGAGUUCAUUGCCAUCAUGAACGACAGCCACGAGUAGCUCUUGCCUGAGCGAAUGUACCACUACAGCAUCGACAUUCAAUAUACAUACACUUCCAUAGCCAA